AUGCUCCAUUACCUGCUGUUUCUCCCGCUCGCUCUCGCUUGCAGUUCUUCUAAAAUUACACGAAAACAAGCAGUAGGUGUUACCGGUCAACUGAUGUGUGGUGACCAGCCAGCCACAGGUGUGAAGGUGAUGCUUUGGGAUGAGGAUACCGGGCCGGAUCCCGACGAUAAGCUUGAUGAAGGUGUAACUGACUCAAAUGGAAAAUUCAGUUUGCAGGUGAGUCGUAACAAAUCAGAACGGAAAAAACACAUGGAGGAAACUUUUUGA